AUGCCACCGAAAAAGAAAGGGAGUAAGGCGAAGGACGUUAAAGAAACACCAAAAAACGUUAGCAAUGAAAAGACAUCGAAUUUUAGUGGUUGUAAAAUUGCAUCGGCUUUGAUAACAUUAGCUCUAGCUGUAUUGUUCUACAAAUUUUAUAACACAUAUUUAAUUACACCAGAACUACCGAAGUUUGAUUUAGACGUCUGGUGGGGACCAUCAAAUAAUGCGAGUCAGGAUAAAUCAAUUCGACCGUUUAAAAUAUUGUUUACUGAUUCUAUGCAAGAAAACUUACGGAGAAAAUUUGAAGCUGAACGUAGGGCGACGGCGACCAAAAGUCUGGAGGAAACGUCACGCUUUGGUAUGAAUAGUGACGUGGUCGGGCAGCUCUUUGCACAUUGGCGGUUCAAGUACAAGUACGGAAGACGCGCCAGUGAGUUAAACAAGCUUAACCAUUACAAAACGAAUGUACAAGGGAUGGACAUACAUUUCAUUAGAGUGAAACCAGAGAACACGAAAAAUGUUAAGGUCUUACCAAUACUUCUCUUGCAUGGAUGGCCCAGUUCCGUGAGAGAUUUCUACGACAUGAUACCGUUACUGACUACGCCUAGACCAAACUACGAUUUUGUUUUUGAGGUAAUAGCACCAAGUCUACCGGGAUUUACAUAUUCACAAGGUUCACGUAAACCUGGAUUAACUACAUACCAAAUGGCGAUAAUAUUAAGAAAUUUAAUGGAGAGAAUUGGUCACAAGCAGUUUUAUGUUCAUGGAGGUGACGUUGGCCACAUUGUUGGGUCACAUAUGGCCACACUCUUCCGAGAUCAAGUCCUUGGUUUCCAUUCAACUACUCCUAUCAAUUUGUCAAAAUUGGCACAUCUAACAUUAAUGUUGGGUUCUAUUUGUCCAAAAUGCGUUGCCAAUGAUUUAGCGGAUAAAAUAUAUCCCUAUUCCGAUAAACUGAAGUUUUAUUUAGAGGAAUCAGGGUAUUUACAUUUACAGAGCACUAAACCGGACACGUUGGGCAUAGUUCUUCAAGACUCUCCAUUAGGACUUGCAGUGUAUAUAAUCGAGAAAUAUCUGCUUUUUACUAAUCCUGCCAACAAAUAUGCACAGGACGGUGGUCUUAACUCUUUCAAUCAGACUGAUUUGCUGGACAAUGUUCUGAUGUAUUGGAACACUGGUAGUAUAACAUCGUCACUGAGAUUGUUUAAAGAGUUUGUCAAUAACUAUGAAAUGGAAGAGACUCUUUCAAGAAUACCAACAUCUGUAGCAACUUGGGGCCUCAGAACGAAGAACGAUAUAAUCCAACAGCCUGAUUUCAUCUUGCGCUGGAAGUACCCUAAUUUAAUUGGUACCACCAAUUUAGAUGACGGUGGUCACUUUGCUGCCUUCGAAAAACCUGCAGAAGUUUCUGAUGAUAUAUUUAAGGCUGUUAAAAGUUUUUUAGUUAAAAUUAAGUAAUAAAGUAAUUUCGCUCUUUUAA